AUGUCUCAAGUAAUUUUAGAUGAAGAUAAUCGCAAACAUCUUGAAUUUUUAUCUAAGCAACCACCGCAAGUGCUCCAGGAUUUUUGUAAGCUAACCAAUGAUUAUUUUCAAAAAGGACAUAAUUAUAAGCUUUAUAUUAAUGCUGCUCAAAAACUGGAGGUAGAACCGGAUAAUAUCAAGCAAUCAAUUGAAGGAUUGAUCAAUUUAUUGAUAGAAUCAUGCAAAAAUAAGUUAACUCCCGAUGAUUUUAAAGAACUAGUAAUAUCUCUAGGAUUUAUUGACGACAAAGAACCAUUAAUAACUAAUCUAUACACUUCUAAAAAGCCAGAGUUAGAAUCAUCUUUAUCAAAUAUCGGCUUUAAAUUACCCGAGUAUCAUAACAUGGAGUGGAGAUUUGAAACUCAAAUUGCAUCAAGAUCAAUGUUGAAGCAAUGCGAUCCUUUUGUAACAAUGGACUUUGCUUUAAAAAAUUCUGACGAUUCCCAAAAACUCCAGCACAUUGUUCUCCAGUCGGAUGCUACAAACUUGCUACACGUUGCUGAAGAACUCGAAGCAGCUUUGCUCGAAGGUCGUAGCCAACAAAUUCCCAUGGAGAACGUAACAUCAACAAUUGAGUCAAUAUCAACGAUUCUACCAGCGUCCUCAAUAUCAACAGCAUUGACCACAACAGCAGCUUCACCUUUAUCUGGAGUGGCUUUGAUAUCACACGCUGCUCUGUCAAUGGGACCUCACGCCGCGAAGCAGUGGAUGCGAUACAGCAAUCAGACUGUCGCGGACAAAGUGCCUGAAGAAAUGCUACACUUGGUCGACCCGCAUUGGUAUCAGUACCCGCCGAUGCACCACAUAUGGCACAAAGCUCUGGGAAUAGUGAUGGUUGUGAUUGGAAUUCUCGGAUGGACUGGUAAUGGCUGUGUUGUCUAUAUUUUUCUAAUCAUGCCUUCUCUUAGGACACCCAACAAUAUUCUGGUGGUUAAUCUCGCUUUUUCCGAUUUCUUGAUGAUGAUUAUCAUGUCACCGCCUAUGGUCGUCAAUUGCUGGUUUGAAACUUGGGUACUUGGGCCACUGAUGUGUGAUAUUUAUGCAAUGUUCGGGUCAUUGUGUGGGUGUGUAUCCAUUUGGACCAUGGUGUUGAUUACUUAUGAUCGUUACAAUGUUAUUGUGAAGGGAAUGUCAGGUACACCAUUAACAAUACCUCGAGCAAUAAUCCAAAUCUCAGUCGUUUGGAUACUAGCUCUUGCCUGGUCACUUCUUCCACUCUUCGGAUGGAAUAGAUACGUCCCAGAAGGUAAUAUGACAUCAUGCGGAACAGACUAUUUAACCAAAGACUGGUUUUCAAGAUCAUACAUCUUGGUUUACUCUCUAUUCGUUUACUACACUCCACUCUUUACCAUAAUAUACUGCUACUGGUUCAUCGUAUCCGCUGUAGCAACGCAUGAAAAAGCAAUGAGAGAGCAAGCAAAAAAAAUGAACGUAGCAUCUCUACGCAGUGGAGACCAAGAUGGUCCUAGUGCAGAGGCCAAGUUAGCCAAGGUAGCACUCACCACAGUGUCACUCUGGUUCAUGGCAUGGACACCGUACCUGGUGAUAAAUUACGCCGGCGUUUUUGAAGCUUCUUUCUUGUCACCUCUGUUCACGAUCUGGGGAUCUCUUUUCUCCAAAACUAACGCUUGUUACAACCCUCUUGUCUAUGCAGUCAGUCAUCCAAAGUAUCGCGCAGCUCUUCAUGAUAGAUUACCUUGUCUAGGUAUCGGAGCUCCUCCGCCGCCGAAGAGCGAUGAUAGUACAUCAACUAAAACUGAGGCUUGA